AUGAGUGCCCUUCCUUCGUCGAGGAAAACCCACAGUGAGAAGCACAAGCUUAUUCUCAAGCAGUUGCUUCGGGAAGCACCAAACAAAACUUGUGUCGACUGCAAGACUGCCACCCAUCCCCGCUGGGCGUCAUGGAACUUGGGCUGUUUUAUAUGUAUUCGCUGCUCGGGUAUUCACAGAUCAAUGGGCACACAUAUCUCGCGGGUGAAAUCAGUGGAUUUAGACGCGUGGACGGAUGAGCAAGUCGAGUCGAUGGUGCGUUGGGGCAACGCCAAGUGCAACGCCUACUGGGAAGCUAAAUUGCCAGAGGGAUAUGUUCCUGAUGCGCUGAAGAUCGAAAAUUUCAUCCGGACAAAGUACGACAUGCGAAAGUGGGCGGCGUCGGGUGAGCCAGAUCCGCUGCGCGUACUGGUUGGCAGUGGAACAAGCCCACUGGCCCUGGCUCCGACUGUGACCGAAAGUCACGCAGCACAUCAGACUCUGAGCGUUGCGCAGACCCUGGCUCCUACAAAGAAUCACGUUUCAAGUCACGCCCAUAACAGGACUCAUACUAAGUCUCAGGCUCAUGCUAAAACCGCAUCCUCAGACUCAGGCUGCUCGCACGGCCAAUAUCUCCCAAGGCGCAUCUCGUACCCAAAGUACUCAGACGCAUGCUGA